AGGCGCCCGGCUCCCCGCGGACAGCGAGGUGCCCCGCCGCCCGCGCGGCCUCGCCCGGGGCCCGACGCUGCGAGCUCCUCGGCUCCCGGCCGCGCACCAUGUGAGCGUUCGCGCCCGACGCCGGAGGAGCCGCCGGGCACGAUGGGGGACGCCGCGGACCCCCGGGAGCUGAGGAGGACGUUCAUUGUCCCCGCCAUCAAGCCCUUCGACCACUACGACUUCUCCAGGGCCAAGGUCGCCUGCAACCUGGCCUGGCUGGUGGCCAAAGCCUUCGGGACAGACAAUGUGCCAGCAGAACUCCAAGAACCGUUUUACACGGAUCAGUACGACCAGGAACACAUCAAACCUCCCGUCGUGAACUUGCUCCUAUCGGCUGAACUGUACUGCCGCGCGGGGAGUCUCAUUCUCAAGAGCGACGCUGCAAAGCCGCUUCUGGGCCAUGACGCUGUGAUCCAGGCUUUGGCACAGAAGGGGCUCUACGUCACUGACCAGGAGAAGCUGGUGACCGAACGAGACCUCCACCAGAAGCCCAUACAGAUGAGCGCUCACUUGGCGAUGGUGGACGCCCUAAUGAUGGCCUACGCCGUAGAAAUGGUCAGUGUAGAGAAAGUCGUUGCCUGCGCUCAGCAGUAUUCCGCGUUCUUCCAAGCCUCGGACCUGCCCUAUGACAUCGAGGAUGCUGUCCUGUACUGGAUAAACAAGGUAAAUGAACAUUUGAAAGACAUAAUGGAACAAGAACAGAAAUUGAAAGAACAUCACACAGUUGAAACUCCAGGAGGUCAAAAGUCUCCUUCCAAAUGGUUUUGGAAACUGGUUCCAGCUCGUUAUAGGAAAGAACAAACAUUGCUUAAGCAGCUGCCUUGCAUUCCGGUGGUAGAAAAUCUGCUGAAAGAUGGUACCGAUGGCUGUGCUUUAGCUGCUCUCAUUCAUUUUUACUGUCCUGGGGUUGUCAGAUUAGAGGAUAUUUGUUUGAAAGAAACCAUGUCUUUGGCUGAUAGCCUGUAUAAUCUGCAGCUGAUUCAAGAAUUUUGCCAAGAAUAUUUGAACCAGUGUUGCCAUUUCACCCUGGAAGAUAUGCUCUAUGCUGCUUCGUCCAUAAAGAGUAAUUACCUGGUGUUCAUGGCAGAGCUCUUCUGGUGGUUUGAAGUUGUGAAGCCGUCGUUUGUGCAGCCCCGUGCGGUGUGUCCACAAGGUGAACCUGUGAGCGACAUGCGUCCAGUUCCUGUCGCGAAUGCCACCAGAAGGAGCCCCUCGGACCGUGCCUACUCUUCUGGCUUCCCUGCGAGUGGGGAAGAAUCUGCAUUUCUACACUCUUCUCAUCAUUUGUCUUCUCGAUACUCACGUCCCCAAGCUCAUUCUUCAGCCUCAGGAGGAAUUAGAAGGUCUUCAUCUAUGUCUUAUGUUGAUGGCUUCAUAGGGACAUGGCCCAAAGAGAAAAGAUCAUCAGUGCAUGGAGUUUCAUUUGAUAUUUCUUUUGAUAAAGAAAAUACUGUACAGAGAGCCACCCCAAACCGAGGAAUCACUCGUUCUAUUAGUAACGAAGGACUUUCUCUGAACAAUAAUCGUGUAUCUAAAAACAUUCGGAAAAAUCUGUCCUUCAAGCCUGUAAACGGAGAAGAGGAAGCAGAAAGUAUUGAAGAAGAACUUAACAUCGGCUCUGCCAGUGACCUCCAAUCUUACGCGCCCCUUCGCGCAGAUAAGCUAAAUUCUAAUGAGAACAUUCUUUACGAGCUUCCAAAUGGGCCUUUACAAAACAGAGUCCUUCUGGAUGAGUUUGGCAAUCAGAUCGAGACACCGAGCAUUGAAGAAGCAUUGCAAAUAAUUCACGACACGGACAAGUCUCCCCACACGCCUCGGCCAGACCAAGUUGCCAACGGCUUCUUUCUUCACAGCCAGGACGUGAGUAUCCUGAACACCAGCGUCACGCGGCAUCAGGCCAGUCCUGAGGACAUGGCCGGCACGAGAGGCGCCUUGAGUCCCGUCACCGACAACACCGAGGUGGACACUGGGAUUCAUGUUCCUUCAGAAGACAUUCCUGAGACUCUGGAUGAAGAUUCUUCCCUGAGAGAUUACACAGUAAGCCUCGACUCGGCCAUGGACGACGCAUCCCGGUUCCUUCAGGAGCAGGAGCUGCGGGGCAGCAGCGCCCGGGAAGCGCUCAGUCCUUGCCCGAGUACCGUGAGCACCAAGUCUCAACCUGGCAGCAGCGCGUCUUCCAGCUCCGGGGUGAAAAUGACCAGCUUUGCCGAACAGAAGUUCCGGAAACUGAACCAUACCGAUGGCAAGAGCAGUGGAAGCAGUUCUCAGAAAACGACCCCCGAGGGCUCCGAGCUGAACAUCCCGCACGUGGUCACGUGGGCGCACAUCCCGGACGAGGCCGGCCUUCCUCAGGGACGGGACACGACCCAGCUGCUGGCCUCCGAGAUGGUGCAGCUGCGGAUGAAGCUGGAGGAGAAGAGGCGAGCCAUAGAGGCCCAGAAGAAGAAGGUGGAGGCUGCCUUCACCAAACAGAGGCAGAAGAUGGGGCGCACAGCCUUCCUCACGGUCGUGAAGAAGAAAGGGGAUGGCAUCUCCCCGCUCCGGGAGGAAGCCGCGGGGGCGGAGGACGAGAAGGUGUACAGCGAGCGAGGCAAGGACAAGGAGCCGGACAGAGCGGGCGGCCAGAGGAGCCGGUCCCUGGCGGACAUCAAGGAAAGCGCGGACAGCGCGCCAGCCAAGUGGCACAAGUCGCCCACCACCCCUGUGGACGCCGACAAGCAGUGGAACCUGGCCAGCCCCUCAGAAGAAACGGUCAACGAAGGGGAGAUUUUGGAGUACACCAAGUCCAUCGAAAAGCUCAACUCGUCCCUGCACUUUCUGCAGCAAGAGAUGCAGCGCUUGUCUCUGCAGCAGGAGAUGCUCAUGCAGAUGAGGGAGCGGCAGGCCUGGGUGAUCUCCCCUCCCCAGCCGUCCCCACAGAGACACGUCCGGGACCUGAAACCCUCCCGGCAGGCCGGCCCGUCACCCGCCAGUGCCCCGCUGUCCUCAGACUCCCCGCGUCCCACGCACCCGUCCCCGCAGUCUGCUGCCAGGAAAAGCACCUCUUUCUCCGUCAAAAAUCAAAGGACUCCUCGGCCAAAUGAGUUAAAACUAACGCCCCUGAAUCGCACGUUGACGGCGCCUCGGUCUGUGGACAGUCUCCCUCGGUUGCGGAGGUUUUCCCCGAGUCAGGUUCCCAUUCAGACGCGGUCGUUUGUGUGUUUUGGGGAUGAUGGAGAAGCUCAGGUGAAGGAGUCCAGAGCCCAGGCGGACGUUAGAAAGGAGGACGAGGACGCUGGAGAGACGUGGGAGCAGCAGGUGCAGAACCCAGACGCCAAGGAGCUGAGGCCGCCGGAGGCGAGCGUUGCGGAAGUCCUGUCCCAGCCGGUCACGGAGACUGUGUGUCUGACACCCAACGAGGGCCCCCUGGGCCCCACAGAGCCUCCUGCUCGGCCGGCUUUCCCAGCGGCGGCCCCUAAAAGCAUCAAUCUGAUUGAAGUUUCCCUCUCAGACUUGAAAGCCCCCGUAAAGGCCCAGGGGUCCGUGGAGAAAGACGACGGGGAAAGUGACAAAGAACAGCUCGAUGACGACCAGAAGGUGUGCUGUGGAUUCUUUUUCAAGGAUGAUCAAAAAGCAGAAAAUGAUAUGGCAAUGAAACGGGCAGCUUUGUUGGAGAAACGGCUAAGAAGGGAAAAAGAGACCCAGCUUCGCAAACAGCAGCUGGAAGCAGAAAUGGAGCAUAAGAAGGAGGAGACCAGGCGUAAAACUGAGGAAGAACGUCAGAAGAAAGAAGAUGAGAAGGCACGCAGAGAGUUUAUUAGGCAAGAAUAUAUGAGGCGCAAACAGCUGAAACUAAUGGAAGACAUGGAUAUAGUAAUUAAACCCCGUUCUCAAAUAGCAAAAAAAAAACAGCGCCCAAAAUCUAUUCACAGAGAUCAUAUUGAAUCCCCCAAAACACCAAUCAAAGGUCCUCCAGGAUCACGAAUUUAUCGUGUUUUUUCAGUCUCCAGCCUUUCUUUGGCAUCACUGAACACGGGCGAUAACGAGAGUGUGCUUUCAGGCAAGAGGACACCCAGGUCAGAGUCUGUGGAAGGCUUCUUGUCUCCAAGUCGCUGCGGCAGUCGGAAUGGAGAGAAAGACUGGGAAAACGCGUCGACCACUUCUUCAGUGGCGUCUGGGACAGAGUACACAGGACCAAAGCUCUACAAGGAACCCAGUGCAAAAUCCAAUAAGCACAUAAUACAAAACGCUUUAGCUCACUGCUGUUUGGCUGGAAAAGUAAAUGAAGGUCAGAAGAAAAAAAUACUGGAGGAAAUGGAGAAGUCAGAUGCCAACAACUUCUUAAUUUUGUUCCGGGAUUCAGGCUGUCAGUUCAGGUCGUUGUAUACUUACUGUCCGGAAACGGAGGAAAUUAAUAAACUGACUGGGAUAGGCCCUAAAUCUAUCACGAAAAAAAUGAUCGAAGGACUUUACAAGUACAAUUCUGACAGGAAGCAGUUUAGCCAUAUCCCCGCUAAGACAUUAUCUGCCAGCGUGGACGCAGUUACCAUCCACAGCCACCUGUGGCAGACCAAGAGACCAGCGACACCCAAAAAACUCCUGCCCACUAAAGCAUAGGGGCCAGGAAGUGUUUGCUUCAGGACAUUCGUGGUGAAUUGCACUUCAUCCUUCCUGCCAGUAGAAAACCUUUCUAAUUGCCAACAGACUUCUGUGCACUGAAGCGGGACACUGAGCUCUGUUGUGAACAGCUGGCAUGUAAACCACAGAGUUUGGGAGCGCAGAAGGUUCUCGCUGAGGUGGGGAGUCCAAGUGAUGAGGAAAGUGCUUUCUCUCCCAGGUGGACAUGGCGUCAUCGGGCUCUCCUGCUCGGUGCCCGACACUGAAACACUGAGUUCUCAGACACUAGGUGGUAGGAACGUGGCUAAGAUGACAAAUUCUGUGUUUUAUUUGUUGCUUUUCUAAAAACUUUUAAUGUAUGUGCUUGUCUUCAGAUGGUUUAUUUUGACAUUUUUCUCUCCUUGGGGGUUUAUUUUAAGAUAACUUUAUAUUUUAUUUCACGUGGAAAUCAUGAGAGUAGGAAAUAGGCCUUCCCAGGGAACUCGCACCUUUCUGAGGAUGCUAAGAGAAACACUAGUGUUUAGUUUCACAGUAACCCUCCUGUUUUAAUGGUGUUAGUUGUCGGCAAGAAUUAUCCCGCUAAGUAUUUACAAUUGUAUUUAUUAUUCACUCAAGUAUUAACAUUUCUCUAUUAAAUAAGAGGAGACGUAAAGAGCUGCUGGUAGGUUCGAUUCCAACCAUAUGAGCUUAACCCACAAUGUGUUACGAGAAGUUGCUGAUUGAAUCAGUGUUGUUUUUACCCCACUUCUAGCCAACUCAGCAUAACUUAGAUUGUUCUUUUAACAAAAAGGCUUUCUAUCGCUUUUCAGUAUGUCACUUUAUAAGUUGGCAGAAGUCAAUGACACUUUGAGAGUAGUAUUUCAACCUGAAGAUGUAAGACUCCCUGCCGCAAAUUCUCAAGGGUCUUUACAUCAUAUUUAUAACUGAUAAAAAUUAUAUUUAGAAUUUUUAAACUGUACAAAGGGCUACAUUUUAAUUUUAAAACAGCUUCACGUUAUUUUACUUAUAUUGAGUUUUUCUUCUUUUUUAUCCUUUUCAAGUGGAACAGCUUAGAUUAAGUCCACACUUGAAAUCUUCUCUACGUGACUUUUGUUCCUUUAACAGUGUAUUCCAGAGGGUUAGUUGGGGGAAAACUUCAUUCUCAGGAAAAGACUUGAAUGAUUAUGUGACCCUGUCAUGUUUCAGUGUUGUGACAACUGUGUAACUUAGGGGAACGACAGUAUUGUGUCAUAAAUGAGAUGCGUGGUUUGUUUUCUUUCGUGGGAAGUAGAGACUAAAAUAUAUACAUUUCUCUAAUUGAGUUGCUUAGAGAAAUAACUAAUAUCUUAUAUGAUGUAUUUACUUACUUUAAAAACAGAAUAGGAAUGAGAUGUCCCUGAACUGUACUUUUCUAUUAUUACACGGCCUUUAGGCAUCAGUGCAUCUGAAUUAUCAACAUUUUCUCAAAUGCUGUCAAUAUUUUACUGUAAUUUAUGUUCUUAUAUUUAUGUAUAUUUGUUAAAACUGUAAAAAAUUUCACAGAUUUUUUUCCAAUACCUGUGCAAGAUACACGUGUGGCUCAAAACUAUUUGUGACCUACUGUUUGCAUGUAAGAGACCAGGAUAUGUAACUCUUAUAUUUUAAGUGUAUACAUAUUGUGUAUAUAAUAUAUGAAUAUUAAAAAUGGGGGAUUGCACAUCUUACCUUUCAGACCACAGUUUCUAUCACCAGUAGAAGGAAAUAAUUGUCAGAUAAUGUUUAGAUUAAGACUGGUUUACAAAAAUAGUAAAUGAAUCUAAUCAAAAUGUGAUAAAUUAUCCUCAAAAGGAGAAUUAGUAAGCAUUUUACAUUACUAAAUGUGUUCUUUUCCAUCAAAUUUCCUUCAUCCAAGCAAUCUUCUUCAUAAUGUCACUGGGCCAUUACUUUUGAAAAAUUGGACGCAAGACAAUGGAGGAAGGAUUGACACUAAACAGGACCACCCUUUGUUCUUAAAUUUACGUGUGUCCAACAGUGAGUGUCCGUAGCGUCUAUAGGUAAAUGUGGAUAUUGCCACAAAGUCCAUUGCUCUCAGUAGACCGUUUACUUUAUUAAUGCAGAAGGAAUAUGGAUAUGUUUCUUUAUCUGCAGACUUUUUUAUUAUGGUGCAGCUUUUUUAAAAAUUAUGUUUUAACAAUGUACAAAUGAAAAUGAUGCCGUUUUAUCCAGGCUGGAUAUUUUCAUCACCCUUAUUGAAACACUGGUGCUUUCAUCAUCAGAGGUCAAAUUGUUAUGAUAAUUAUUCAGUUAAGUUUGCCAAACCCUUGUCACGGUUGCACUGCAGCAUCAAAGUCUGCUGUUUGGCACAGCUUCGGAAAGCUCUCAGUUCCUCUCAGCUUUUCGAUUUUGUUUUUGAAUGACUGUUACAGUUUUUAUUUGGCUGUUUAAAGCCAAAUUCAGCUUUUUAAUGAUGGUUUCGUGGACACUGCUGGGUGAUGCACCGCGUACGGUGUGCUCACCUGCCCACGUUGUGGCGCCACCUACAGGUUUUCUAAGAUGCUGUAAAAUACUGUCAGCUUUGCUAUUUCCUGGUGGAGUGCAGUUUCCCCUCUCAUUUGAAUAAAAGCAUGGCACCAAAUGA